UUUCUCUUUCUCUCUCUCUCUCUCUCUCUCUCUCUCUCUCUUUUUUUCUUUGUUUUUUCGUCACUUACUCUAAAAUCCCAAAUCGAGUAAUGGAAGAAAAAUCAAAUACGAAGAUUUAGCUCCUUACUCCCUAAAUUCACUCCGAGAUACUUUAGCCUCAGAUUAUUAAAAAAAAAACACUCUCUCUUACAAAACUUUUAUAAUUCCCUUUGAUGUGUACGGACACACCACCGAAGAAGACUUGUUCUAUCUCCGCCGCCGCCGUUAAAUGGGUGAGCCCAGUGACAGUCUCGCUCUCUUUCUCUGCCACGAAUCCGAGUCUUCUCUAAACGAAGACGACGAAAGAAUCGAGAGAUCUGAGGAGCACUUUGCUACUACGAUCGGUGAUGAUGAAGAUUAUGUGGCAGAGCUUGUUCUUAAAGAGAAUCGGAGAUUCGAAACCGAACCCACUAAAACGACGUCGUCUGUCGAUAGAUUGAUUGCAAUCGAUUGGAUUCUCACUACAAGAACAAGAUUUGGAUUCCAACAUCAAACAGCUUACAUUGCAAUCUCAUACUUGGAUCUGUUUCUCCAGAGAAGAUUCAUCGGUUUGCAGAGAGAUGAAACAUGGGCGAUUCGAUUGUUAUCAGUAGCUUGUUUAUCAUUAGCUGCGAAAAUGGAGGAACGAAUUGUUCCUGGAUUAUCACAAUACCCUCAAGAUCAUGAUUUCGUUUUCAAACCCGAUGUCAUUCGUAAAACUGAAUUGCUGGUUCUAUCGACAUUGGAUUGGAAAAUGAACUUAAUCACUCCUUUUCAUUACUUGAACUACUUCGUUACUAAAACCUCUCCCGACCAUUCUGUUUCUAAAGAGUUGGUUUUGUUAAGAUCCUCUGAUUCUCUUCUUGCUCUAACUAAAGAGAUAAGUUUUACGGAUUAUCGACAGUUCGUUGUUGCUGCUGUUACUACAAUGUUAGCUUCUUCUACUUCAUCGGAUAUUAGAUUGACGAGAGAAGAGAUAGCGAACAAGUUUCAAUCGAUUUCUUGGUGGACUUCUAAUGAAAAUGAUAAUGUAUAUUUGUGUUAUCAGAGAAUGCUAGAGAUUGAGGAGAGGAAACAUAUGACACCGCCGCCCGAAACAGCGGUUUCCCGCGAACCGCCGGCUUCAGGAAGUGGCGCUAAACGCCGAUUGUCUUUUGAUGAUCCUGAUCAAACUUCUCCUACAGCCAAGAGAACGCGUAGGCUCUGAAGAGAGUUACUUUCUUCUUGAAGUUUUGGCUUAUAUUGAUUUGGUUUCUUUUUUGGCAACAUAUUGAUUUGGUUUUUAUAUUCAAUCAUUUGAUUAUAGAGAAAAAAAUGGUCUGAAUACAAUGGUUAUUUCAAUUUUUAUGAAGUAACUCAUAUAGGUUCUUCUUAUGAAGGUCUUUGGAUUUUACUUUUGGGGUGAAAUGUGACUUUCAAAACAUUAGGGGCUUUUUUGAGAGAAUUAAUGAAAUAAGAGGAGUGAAUGUAAAUAAAUAAGAAAAACAGAAAGGGUGAAUAGUUUUAGGCCAAUAGUUGCAGUGCCAGUGAUUUGGUUUCACAUCCUCUUUUAUUUUUUAUUGUCUUUUUUUCCUUUGUUAUGUUGCAUUUUUUUUCCAUGUGAUAUUACAUUUUUUUUUUUUUUUUUUUUGCAUGAAAGUCCAUUUUUUCCAUCCUUUAACUUUCAAAAGGGCUCAUUCACAGCAAAUAAUAAAUGAAGAAACUCUUUUUAGGGUAAGCUAAAAUUAUUUUAUAUUUGAUAUAUUUAUUUUCACUUUGGGUCAUCUCCAAAGUGAAUCCAUCUGUAUGCUAUUUAAAAUUUUGUGUAAAUCCCACAAAUUCCUUUGUGAUCUUUUCAUGUUAUCAAUAAUAUCUUACAAAUCCC